UUAAAUUACCUAUACCCUUAAUAAAGAUUCGAUCCAGAUGAAUCAUAUUGAAAAGAAGUUUGUAAAGAUGGGUUGGAACAAGAGUCCACCCAUGCGCAGUAUUUAACUAUUGAUAGAAUUCUCAUGUAGAAAAAGGGAUGCUGAAUUCAAUAAAAUUCUUACAAGUAAAUGAGAUCUCCCGAUUUCCCCUCACUAUCAUUAUAUUUUUCCAAAAUAGAAUAAACUGGUCUUCGCUUCAAAGCCGAAAGCUCUCCUUCUGGUCUUGCAAUGGCUGACCCAAAUUACCCAUCACCGACACUGACAGGAACACUAAAUUCGAACAAAUUCUCUGUCGUGACAACAAAAAACAGGGUGGCUUUUGCUUUUAGUUUCACUUCCGUUUUUGUCAUUGGUUUCACAACUUUAUUAUUUCUAAAUCCAUCUUCUUACUCUUCUCCUCGCCUUCAAAGCUUGCUUCGAAGUUCCUUUUACAGAUCCCAGUUUUCCUCCCAUUUCUCUCACUUUCUCCCCAACUCUUCCCAAUCCAAUCACUACCCACUCCCCUUUUCUCCAUUCCAGGAACACCCUUUUCAGAUUUCUCGGGAAUCUGAAAGAUUUCAUGGGAAAAAUGAUUCUUCUUUGUCAAGUGAAGGUACUAAUGGAACCCUUUCUGAGAUUCCUGCAGAAAGUGGAAAAGAAUUAGCGGAAAAGGGUUUAAAUGCUAAUGGAAACAGCAUUCAUGGAAGCCCUUCUCGGCCUUUGGAUUUUAAAGAAAGUGGGAAAGAGUUGGUGGAUGGAAGCAUUGAUGAAUUACUUGAGAAGCAAAGGAAGGGUGAUUUUGUGGAAAUAAUAAAUCAAUGUAGAAUAUUUGAUGGGAAAUGGGUGAGAGAUGAUUCUUACCCUCUUUAUGCACCAGGGACUUGUCCAUAUAUUGGUGAGUCUUUCAAUUGCUUUGUUAAUGGUAGGCCUGAUACGGGGUAUGAGAAAUACAGAUGGCAACCCAAUGAAUGCAUCUUACCAAGGUUGAAUGGCAAGCAUAUGCUGGAAUUAUUGAGAGGGAAGCGAUUAGUUUUUGUUGGCGAUUCACUUGGUCGGAAUAUGUGGGAAUCUCUUGUUUGUAUCCUUAGAAACUCCAUUGAGGAGAAAAGCAGUGUUUUCGAGGUCUCCGGCAAGCAGGAAUUAGGAAAAGGGAGUUCUCACUCCAUUAUAUUCAAAGGUUAUAAUUGCUCAAUUGAGUACUUCCGUUCAGCAUUUUUAGUUCAAGAAUGGGAAAUGGUCUGGAGAAAUGGAUCAAAGAAGGAAACACUUAGACUUGAUAUGAUUGAUAAAUCAGCUGAUAAGUACAAAGAUGCCGAUGUUCUCAUUUUCAAUACCGGACAUUGGUGGACUCAUGAUAAAACUUCGAAAGGGAACAGUUACUAUCAAGAGGGGAACACUAUCUAUAACCGAUUACAUGUUAAAGUAGCCUUUCGAAAAGCUUUGACCACAUGGGCAAAAUGGAUAGAUACUAAUAUAGAUUCUACGAAGACCCUUGUUUUCUUCAGGGGGUUUUCUGCAUCUCAUUUCAGGGGUGGAAGGUGGAACUCUGGAGGGCAAUGCCACGGUGAAACCAAACCUAUUACAAAUGGGAAGUACUUGAAGAAAUAUCCAUCAAAAAUGCGAAUUUUCGAGUCAGUGAUAAAUGGCAUUACUAAUCCAGUCUUGUAUCUUAAUGUUUCAAGAAUGACUGGUUUCCGGAAGGAUGCUCAUCCGUCGGUUUACAGGAAGCAGAACUUAACCGAGGAAGAGAAAACUUCACCUACUAGAAUCCAGGAUUGCAGCCACUGGUGCCUCCCCGGUGUUCCUGAUACUUGGAACGAGCUAGUAUACACUCAACUCCUUAUCAAACAUGAAAGUUAUCAGCAACAACUUCUGAAACCAAAACAACAACAGAAAAAUCAUAGGUAAAAUGAAUGCAAUCGAUCUUUUUAAAUUAUUAAUUAGUCCCUAGUUUUGUCAUGAUCGAUUAGCGUACGUACAUGCCCUAUUCAUCAGUGAAAAUUUCGGUUCUUAGAGAGAAGUGUAAAAUAAUGUAAUUCUCCGUAAAAGCUGUUAAUUAUAAUUGUUCAUAAGCUUUCCUCUAACCGGUUUCACUUGUUUAAAGUCUAAUUGCUAGUGUCCUAUAGUUUUUCAUGAAGUUGUUAUUGAACAUAGUGUUUCGGUUUAUUACCUGUAAGAUGAGUUGAAAUUAGUUUGUAAUA